AUCGCAAAUUUGGCCGGCGAGCGCGCCGAGACACGCGACUUCAUGUUGAACGAAGGCAUUGUUAAAAUGGUCACUUACAUGUACACGAAGUACUCAAAUAAUGAGUCGUUACUCACUGAUUUGGUCUUUAUUAUUAGAAACCUUUGUAUUAAUAACGACCCUUGUGUCCCAUAUGAUAAAGUCCAAGAGACUAUGCCUAUUAUCAUUACACUAUUAAAGCCGAUCAUCUUCGAUAAGCCGUAUGUCCCCGACGCAAUAUGGACGUUAUCUUUCCUUUUGCACGACAAAGUUAACUUCACGGAACUCUCAAGGUAUUACCCCUUGGUUUUACAAUAUUAUCGAUGUGACUUCGAACCAGUCUUAGAAGCGUGUGUAAGUUACUUAGGUGGAUAUGUCGAGCAUGGCAGUGAACAAUGCACUAUAUUUGGACAACCCGACAUCUUCGAGCGAACGAAAGAAGUUCUCUGUAGUGAUGUCUCAGCGAAGACAAAGUCUCGAUUAGUAACUAUAUUAUAUAAUAUGGUGUAUACUCGUAUACCCAAUGUAGAGUAUACUACCGUAUCUCAAUUCCUUCCAUUACUCAUCAAUUACUUCAUUAAAACAAUCGACGACCACGACUUAAAACUUGAAGUUGGACUCUUUGCAGUGGAGUGUAUAGAAACCACAAACCCCGCUAUAUUAGAAGGGAUCUUGUCGAUCCCAAAUUUCUUUGAAUUUGUCAUCUUACUCUUUGAAAUCGAUGAUAGUUCUUUUAUCCUUCGCUUAUUGGUUUCUCUUCGCAAAUUAUUAGUGUUUGACAGCACGUACGGAAAUCGAUUCAAAAUAGCAGAGCAACUCGAAGAGCGGCAAUUCAAUGGAAUUUUGUCUUCUUUUGAAUUGGUCAAAUACGCUAAGCACAAACUUAUUCUCAAUGUUAUUGGGGACUUAACUAAAAUAUUGAAUUACCGCACUACAACACUCUUCUAA